UCGGUUUGGCAGACGAAAAUUCAGUAGUAAGUAGCGUCGUAACAAGAAAGCUCCAACACUAAUAUCGUGGGAAGCUCACCUACGAUUUGGAGGUGAGUAAGUAUUGCGGUGAACAAGUCAUAACUGUGUUAAAGUGCUGAUUGUCUUUAAUUUAAAAAGUGAAGGUCAUCAUAAACAUUGACGUAACUCAGAGUGCAUGUGCAUUGUAACGGUUUCUGACGUCAAUCAGACUAAUUUUUUUCCAAUCGGGUGUCAAACUUAGACCAUACAGAAUACGCUACACCCUCUCAAUUCGUUCUCAACAGAUUUCAGUUCAGAGGACUGAUUGCAAUCGAAGAUCACCCUCAAGAAUAAUCGAGCCAAUUCCGUUUUCGAACAAAAUACUCCUUGUUCAACCUCGAUAAUGCCUCUCGUGGACUUCAGGAAAGACGGCCCGGGCUAUGCGAAUUGGUACUCUCGCGUGAACCCGUCCGAAGGGACCCAGUUCCUGUCGUUCCGUGACGUUCCAGGGCUGAUAGAAAAACACGUGAAAGGAACCACGACGUUGGACUACGGCUGCGGGGCGGCAAAAUCGGCGAUGUCGUUGAAAGCGCUCGGACUGCACGUCGAUGGGGUUGACGUCAACGAGGAGAUGAUCAAACUGGCUAAGGAGCGGGACCCUGCUGGGGAUUACAGACUGAUCAAGGGUGGUGAGAUACCCGUGGGAGACAACCACUACGAUUUGGUCUUCUCGCGGUGGGUUCUCAUCGAGAUCGGUAGCAAGGAGGAACUCCUCAAGACGAUGCGGGAAUUUGCGAGGGUGAUGAAAGCUGAGGGUACGAGUAUAUUGGUCGUGCUCAGCGAGGAUUACUUCAGAGCGAACUGGCUGACGGCUCACUGUCUGCACGACGACAAUGUCCUGGAGAGCGGGGGGUCUGUGAAGGUGCACUUCCCGCAAACGGAUUUGACCGUGUACUGUCAUUUUUGGAAGGACGAGGAUUACCAGGAGGUCAUUAAAGGCGCCGGACUCAGGGUCGUAGAGAAGAUCAACCCCCUCGGAAGGGAUGAAGACGGGAUUCCGUGGAAGACGGAGAGGACCAUGUCGCCCUAUUCCAUUUAUGUUGUUAAGAAAGCGAACAGCUAGUCAUAGUAAAUAAGUAAACCGAGGAAGAGAAUUGACCAAAGAAAGGACCGAGUUUCGCAAGAAGGAACUAACUUUUUGGCUCAUUUCAGAAACAAUAUAUCUGUUUAAGAUCCUCAAUUUCUCCUCACAUUCUUUUCAAAAUGUCUUAAAGCCAUGGCUCCUUCUUACUAAACUGAAUCCGGAUAAGGUCUGUGCUUAAGCACUGCGUGUUCAUGGUUUCUCUUCCACAUUUUACCUCUGAAACGAUUCGCGCGAGAGGCAGCUUGUAAAGCAAAUCUCGGACGAAAUAUGAAUUGUUGAGAUAAGCGUUGAUUCAAUGAGAUACACAUGACGUCGAUUGUAUACCACCGUGUAAUGAUCGCAAUGUAUAACUUGGCAUUACAUGGCGUUACUAGAGGAAAACAUGCACCUCGAUCUCUUGUGAUCUCUAAUAUAAAAUUUUCAUGAUACGAUCUCUAUGUAAGAGUCAAAAUAAAAAUAAAAAAUUUCUACAAA